AUGGUGCCUCAACGAAAGAUCGUUGCAGAUUCACAACAGAAGCAACAACAAUGGAUGGGAAUGCAAUAUCCAGCUGAAACAAUGGUUGUGCAACAUCCAUACUAUCAUCAGAUGAUACCACAUCAACCUUUUCAACCACAAAUAUUUAUUCAUUAUCCAUCAAUAUUAUAUCAUCAACAACAAUCACAUCUAGGAUCUCCAGAAGAAAAUAGAACAAUCUGGGUUGGUCAUCUUCAUUAUUGGAUGGAAGAGAAUUAUCUUCAUAGCUGCUUUGCUCAUACCGUACAGGUCGUGUCUGUUAAAGUCAUUCGGAAUAAGCGAACCGGUCAGUCUGAAGGAUAUGGAUUUGUUGAGUUCUGUACAGGUGAAGCAGCUGAGGAUGUUUUGCAGACCUACAAUGGCUCUGCAAUGCCAUAUGCAGAACAACCUUUUAGACUAAACUGGGCCUCAAUUGGAAUAGGAGAUAGGCGUUGUUCAGACCGUUCGGUAUUUGUAGGAAAUUUGGCUUCUGAUGUUACAGAUAUAUUACUGCAAGGAACUUUUGCAAGUCAAUACCCCUCUGUUAGAGGGGCAAAAGUUGUUAAAGAUGCAAAUACUGGGCGUUCUAAAGAUUACGGUUUUGUUAGGUUCGGUGAUGCUAAAGAGAGGACAAGGGCAAUCGCAGAAAUGGAUGGUGUUUAUUGUUCUAGUAGGCCGAUGCGUGUUGCAACUGCAAGGAAAUCAAAUGGGUUCCAGCAAAGUCAAGGAUAUGUUCCA